AUGAUCGCCAAGGUCCUUCCCGUCGCUCUCCUUGCUGGCGCCGUCUCAGCCACUUGCCCUUUGGCGGUUGAGAUCACCAACUCGGACAACCAUGUCGUCAACGUCGCAGUGACGAACACGGGCAGCGAGACCCUUCAGGUCUUCAAGGGCAACACUGUCUUCAGUGAACACGCCACUAAGGAUCUGUUGGUGACUGAUGCAGAGGGCAAUGCUCUGCCUUUCGAAGGCAUCUUCGUCAACUACAAGCGCACCGGCCUCCCUGCCAGCUCUUUCCAGAAGAUCGAGGCCGGAGAGACUGUUACCGUCUCCGUCAACGCCGCCAAGAGCUACAAGCUUAGCGGUGUUGAGCAGGCGAAGGUCACUGCCAUCCAGGGCUUCCGUUAUGCUACCGGAGCCGAGACCCCUUCUUCGGUUGUCGGUCUGGCCGCUUGUGAGGAUGUGACAUCUGGCGAGGUGGAGGUCACUCCCGACCAGGCUGUUGUCGCCGAGCAGCACAUUUCCAAGCGCGAGACUCCCACCCCCUCUCGCAUCCAGAAGCGGUCGAUCACGUACUCGUCGUGCUCUGCUUCGCAGACUACUGCCCUGAAGACCAGUGUGUCUGACGCCAUCUCCAUGGCCAAGGCUGCUUACACUGCUGCUGGAACCGCGUCCUACUACUUCACCACCUGGUUCAAGUCGACGUCGGUUGAGUCCAAGGUCCAGACCAUCUACAACGACGUUGCCAACGUUCAGACCACCUCGCCCAAGAUCUCGUGCACCGACACCUACAGCGACUGCACUGAUGGUUCUGCUUUGCUCUACACCGUCCCCUCCGACAAUGUCAUCGUCCCCUGCCCCAACAACGGCUUCUGGGGUUUCCCUGAGCUUGCAUCUCAGUGCUCCGGUGACGACUACGACAGAGCUGGCAGCAUGCUCCACGAGAUGACUCACUUGUACGGUACUACUGACUGGGCCUACGGUCCUGUUGCUGCUCAGGCUUUGUCGGCUACCAAGGCCGCUGCCAACGCCGACACGUAUGAGAUGUACGCUGAGAGCGUCCGUCUUGGCGGUUGCACCACCGGUUAA